UCCAUGGCUUACAGUUCGAAGGACACUUACCUUCUCUCUGUUCCUCACAAUACCUGUCUGAAACAAUCCUCCUUCUCCUGGCUCCUUCAGAUUCCAACUUAUAGUUUGUUCACUACCUUACGAAAGCUUUCACAGAUGUCCAAAAAUCUUGUUUAGAUUUUUAUUUUGUUUUUAAUAGGCACUUAACUAGCACUUACUAGCUACUUGGAAAAUAUUAACUCAUUAGAUACCUAUAAUAAUGAUCCUAGGUGAUAAAUACAUUUAUGUCCCUAUUUUAUAGGUGAGGAAACAGAGGCACAUAACUGGCCCAUGACUGCAGAGAUUGAGUGGCAUAGCCAGGAUUCUAAUACAGACAUUUUAGUGUCUGUGACGCUGUUUUGGUGUCCAGAAUCCAUGUCCAUAGCCACUAUGGAAUGCUUUCUCCUAGAUAUAAGGCAUGCCUCCUACGUAUUUCUGUCCUAUGUGUAGAUUGUGCCAUAUUUUAAUUACUUAUCUUCCAACUUUUCUAGCCUGUGAAUUCUACAUAGACAAGGAUUAACUCUAUGUAUGCCAUGUCCUUAAACAUGUAUGUGAAAAUAUAAAUAAGUGAAAAAAGUAAUGAUGUCGCUAACUAUGGUUGGUUGACCUCAACAAGUAUUCACAAGAGCAGGGGAGAGAAUACAUUUGUAAUUACUCAAGAAAUGGCCUGAAUAAUAUAUUAUUUCUUUAUCACAGGACAUUUAAAUGGAUUCUUGUCAAACAUUCAAAACAGCCAUAAUUAAAUGCACUGUGUGGAUCUUGUUUGGAUCUUGAUUCAAACAGACUAGUACAAAAUAUUUGAAGGAAUUACUGCUUAAUUUGUUGAUUGUGAUAGUGGUAUUCCAGUUAGAUUUUAAAAGUCCUUCCCUAUACUUAGUGAAGUAUUUGAAAGUAAAAACAUGUGAUGUCUGGAAUCGGCUUCAGAAUAUUCCGGAUGUAUUCAUGAAUUUCUUGUUCAAAGAGGGACUGUCUUAAUGAAAAUAAUUCAUGGAGACACAUGGUGGCGCUGCAGGAUAAGAUGAAAACAGUACUGGGGCUGGUCCUGAGGGCUCCAUUAUUCAGGACACAACACAGGACCCACUGAACAGAGAAGUAAAGGGCUUUAUCUACAGAGCUGCUGCAGGCUAUAUGCACUCCAGGAGCUUCCUGUCUUUUUUUAAAUCAGAGCUUUAGCUUCUAAAAUUAGGUAUUUUUCCGCACAUAAGAGGUUGCCUGAAACCAUGGAAAUCAGAGGAGCGCUCUCUCUGCGGAAAAGGCAAGUUUUGAUUUUCUUUGUUUUGCUGGGGUUGUCUCAGGAGAGUCUUGAAUCUGGGCGUUAUUCUGUGGCAGAGGAAACAGACGUUGGCUCUUCUGUGGCCAAUCUGGCAAGGGAUCUAGGGCUUGGAGUGGAGGAAUUGUCCUCACGGGAGGCCCGGGUAGUGUCUGAUGAUAAUAAAAAGCAUUUGCACCUUGAUUUUCUGACUGGGAACCUGCUCCUGAAUGAGAAACUGGACCGAGAAGAGCUGUGUGGCUCCACCGAGCCCUGUGUGCUCUAUUUUCAGGUGUUACUGCAAAACCCUUUACAAUUUUUCCGGGCUGAGCUGCACAUCAAAGACAUAAAUGAUCACUCCCCCACAUUCCUGGACAAGGAAAUAUCUUUGAAAAUAUCAGAAGGUACCACUAUCGGAACCACAUUCCUAAUGGAAAGUGCUCAAGAUUUAGACAUAGGAAGCAAUGGUCUCCAAAACUAUACAAUUAGCCCCAAUUCUCAUUUCUAUAUUAAAAUUCAAGACGGUAUUGAUGGAAAGAUAUACCCAGAACUGGUCUUGAAGAGAACAUUAGAUCAUGAGAUGGAGCCUGAGGUCAGAUUAACACUCACAGCACUGGAUGGUGGUUCCCCACCCAGGUCUGGGACAACGUUGAUUCACAUCGAGGUCUUGGAUAUCAAUGACAAUGUCCCAGCGUUUUCUCAGAGGCUCUAUGAGGUGCAGGUUCUGGAGGACAAACCUGUUGGCUCCUGGAUUAUCACCAUCUCUGCUAAGGAUUUGGACGCAGGAUAUUAUGGAAAAAUAGUUUACACAUUUUUCCAUGUGUCUGAAGAUAUUCGUAAAACAUUUGAAAUCAACCCAACAUCUGGGGAAGUUCGUUUGAGAUCAAGCUUGGAUUUUGAAGUAAUACAGUCCUACUAUGUAAAUAUUCAGGCAACAGACGGUGGUGGACUUUCAGAAAAAUGCACUCUUCUGAUUAAAGUAAUGGAUGUAAACGACAAUGCACCAGAAGUAACCCUGUCAUCAGUUACACACAGAAUUCCAGAGAAUGUCCCAGAGACCCUUGUUGCUGUUUUCAGUGUUCGAGACCAAGACUCUGGGGACAACGGGAGGGUGGUUUGCUCCAUUCAAGAUGAUCUCCCCUUUCUCCUGAAACCCACAUUCAAGAACUUUUACACCCUAGUAACAGAGAGACCGCUGGACAGAGAGAGCCAAGCCGAGUACAACAUCACCAUCACCGUCACCGACCUGGGGACACCCAGGCUGAAGAGCGAGCACAGCAUCCCCGUGCAGGUGGCCGACGUCAACGACAACGCCCCGGCCUUCAGCCAAAGCGCCUACACCCUGUGGGUCCGCGAGAACAACAGCCCCGCCCUGCACAUCGGCAGCGUGAGCGCCACCGACGCGGACUCGGGCGCCAACGCGCAGGUCACCUACUCGCUGCUGCCGCCCGGCGACGCGCGCCUGCCGCUGGCCUCGCUGGUGUCCAUCAACGCGGACACCGGGCAGCUGUUCGCGCUGAGGCCCCUGGAUUUCGAGGCGCUGCGCGCCUUCGAGUUCGGCGUGGGCGCGGCCGACGGCGGCUCGCCGGCGCUGAGCAGCCGGGCGCUGGUGCGCGUGCAGGUGCUGGACGCCAACGACAACGCGCCCGUCGUGCUGUACCCGCCGCAGAACGGCUCUGCGCCCUGCACCGAGCUGGUGCCGCGCGCGGCCGACGCGGGCUACCUGGUGAGCAAGGUGGUGGCGGUGGACGGCGACUCGGGCCAGAACGCCUGGCUGUCGUACCAGCUGCUCAGGGCCACGGAGCCCGGGCUGUUCGGCGUGUGGGCGCCCAGCGGCGAGGUGCGCACGGCCCGGCUGCUGAGCGAGCGCGACGCGCCCAGGCACAGGCUGGCGGUGCUGGUGCGCGACCACGGCGAGCCGCCGCUGUCGGCCACCGUCACGCUGCACGUGCUGCUGGUGGACGGCUUCUCGCAGCCCCACCUGCCGCGGGCCGAGGCGGCGGCCGAGCAGGCACGGGCCGAGCCGCUCACCGUGUCCUUGGUGGUGGCCCUGGCGGCGGUGUCGUCGCUCUUCCUGCUGUCGGUGCUGGGCGUCGUGGCGGCGCGGCUGUGCGCGAGGGCCCGGGCGGCGUCUGGGGGUGGCUGCUCGGGGCCCGGGGGCGGCCUUGCGGGCCACGUGGUGGACGUGAGCGGCGGCGGGACGCUGUGCCAGGCCUACCGCUAUGAGGUGUGUCUGACGGGAAGUACUGGGACAAAUGAGUUUAAAUUCCUGAAGCCUGCUGUUCCCAGUCUUCCAGUCCAUGACACUGGUGGGACUAUGGGGGAAAAUGAGAACUUUAGAAAUAGCUUUGGAUUCAACAUUCAAUAAAAUAAUUUAAACUUGAA